GCUGCGUGAUUUCUGAAGAGGAUCGACGCUAUAAAAUCCCACUCCAGGCUCUGGUGUGGAGAAACUCAGAGCCCAAGUCCGUUGAGAGACUGAAGAGAAAGAGAAGAGGGAAGAAAAAACCCACAGUGGAAACAGAAAGGAGAAAGAAAGAAAACCCCUGAAAAAGCCUGGAGACAUUAAUCUGCAGCAGCGCCCCGGAAGUGCUUCUAACAUGAGACUGCCGCUGCUCGUGUCCGCGGGCGUCCUGCUCAUGGCUCUCCUGCCCUGCCCGCCAUGCAGGGCCCUCCUCAUCCGGGGGCCUGUCCCAGGCGCCCGACAGGCCCCACAACUUCCCCAACCCCUAGAUUUCUUCCAGCCGCCGCGGCGGCGGCAGGUCCUUCCAGUUCAGCCGGUCCCACUCACCACGGGGGAAGAAUACUUCUUCCGCCAGGGUAACCUCAACGAGAGCCCCGCUGCUCCCCUCUGGUCAGCCUCCUCGCCCCUCGCCCGCCGCAGCAGCAGCCACCUUUCUCCUCACAAGGUAGCCGCCAAUUUUUCCCGCGCAUUGAGGCAGCUGCGAUCGCUUCCCUGGCGCCCGCUUGACAGCCCGGCGGGUCCAAUUGAGCGUGGUGCCGAGAGAGCCCUCAGCUGUCGUCAGGAGGACCCGGAAAAGGAGAGGCGAUCCAGAGCAUUUGAAACCUCUGUGGAUGUCCCCUAUAUUAUCCUCCGACAACUCUUGGAAAUAGAAAGAAAAAAGAAGUAUGCAGAGCAAGCUGAAAAAAACAGGCAACUGAUGGAGAGUAUUGGGAAAUGA